AUGUCUAAGACGGACACCAAGACAAAGUCCCAGACAUCACACAGCCUCAUGGAAGUAUCAGGACAUGCCCGGCCUCUGGAAGGGAGCUGGGAAGGGGAUGGGGUGAGUGGAGUGGCAGCGGCUGAAAAUGGGCUGCUUUGUCCAGAAGCCAAGGGAUGGCCCGGGAUUCCAGGCAGAAAAGGUGCUGUUUCCCCCAGGCCAAGGUGGAUCCACAGGAGGCAAGCAUUUCCCACCAGGACCAACACAAUCCUGAGCCUUCGGCCCUUCCCUUACUGCCCCCUUCGUGGGGCUGAAGGAAAGCUCCGGACCGGGGGCCCUGGCCAACCACAGAGCCAAGCAAGAUCAAGCCUACGGCCAGUGAGGCACCCAUCAGGCCCCUCCCGGCUUUGUCACCUCUCUGAUCACAUGCCAUGCCCAGUGCCACGCCAGGCCAGCACAGCGCUUCCUCCCCAGGCCAGGCCCAGGGCUCAACGCUGCUUCAGCAAACCGGAGGACAGUGGCAUCAAGGACUGCCUGAGGAACGAGUCCUCACUGCAGAGGCCUGCGGACGGAGAGACAAGCCCUAUGCCCGGAGAUGAGGAAAUGGAAAUCUGGAGAGGUUAAACAACUUGCCCCAAACCGCAAGUCAUCAAAUGUCAGUGCUGGGAGGAACCUCAGUGAUCACUGGUUGAAAGCCCUUCUUUUACAAAUGAGGAAAAGGAAGGCCUGGAAGAGACGUGCUUUGUGCCAGGUCAUUCAGAGCCGGAAGGAUGAGGAAGGUCCCCAUGUCCAGCCAGCUCGAGGGUGGGCUGUGGGCAGCCAGGGCCUGUGGAGGAGAGCCAGGCGCUAUUUAGAGUGGGACAGUGAGUCAAAGACCACUAACUGCCCCAAGCAUCCAUGCCUCCUUUUCCAUUUGAAUAAUAAACCUCGCUGCAUUUCAGCAGGGCACGAGGCUGCUGCACUAGAAACUACAUUUCCCAGGAGCCACUGUGGGAUGCGUGACCACGUGACAGCUUAGGCUGCGAGAUGUCAACAAAAACAACUCUAAGUCACUUCCCUAAAGACCAGCUGCACGCCCUCUGUCCCCUUCCUGCUGUCUGGAGAAAUGGUGACACAUGGGGCAGUUGCCUUGGACACAUCAGGUGUGGAGUGUAGCAGGGCUGCCCCACUACUGGUCCCUGGAUGGCCUCUGGGCCUACUCAGGAGAAAAGAGAGUCCUUGAGGGUCUCAUGCAGGUGAUGAGAUAUGCAUCUCGGUAGGGGUCUGUGCCACUUCUGCCCUGAACUAGCUCCCUGCCUCAACCCAACCACAGGAGACCUGGAAAUCUAAUCCUACCACGUGCCUAGAAGGUGGAGAGCCUUUGGAGAGUAGCAGUAGUGAGGACCACGGCCUACUCUACAGUUCUGCCUGGGCUGGUUCUGAGAAGGGCUGCCCUUGACUCCAUGAAGUCCAAAAGCCACAGUGUCUAGAGCCACGGCUCACAGACUGGCCCACAGACCAGCGUGGGAGAGGAAAGGCCUCCUGUGUUCCCUGGGCCAUGUACCCUAGCGUGCCCAGAAGCUCCAGAUGAGCGCAGAGCUGUGUACCAUCACCCCUCCUCCCCACGCCUUCCCAGCACCCAACCAGGGCCUGACCCAGAGCAGACGCUCAACUCAGGUGAUGGAUGGAUGGAUGAAAGGAGGCUGAGUGGCAAGGUGACAAGUAAAGGAACAAAGGGCUUAAGCCUCCCUCCAACGGUGGGCCUACCUGGGGCUUGUCUGCUUCCUUCCUGAGUCCAGAUGCAGCUAAAUUUGCUCCUAGGGUUUCUUAGUGGUGCCUGAGUAUUAGACUGAUAUGAUUCAAUUCCACAGGCACUGAUGGAGCAUCUUUCAAAUGCCCGGCCCUUUUCUGGGCUCUUCUUGGGCAACGGGAAUGGAUCAAGCACAGCCCCUGCUCCUCUUGGCCUGGAAGGACUAAGAGACGGUUCCGAGGAAGGAACCGCCCAGGGUGAAACAGCCUAAGCGGGAUAAGACAGGAAGCAAGCCUGUGCUUCAGGAGCACUGAGGAAAGAGCAGUGACUUCUGCCGCCUGGAGCCUGGUGAGAGCUGACCCUCCCUGCUGCCUUGAAGCGGAAGACCUGGGCAGACCUCGCUGUUUACCUUGGAGACAGGUAUCUCUCUGGGCCUCAGGUCCUUCCUUGUGAAUGAGGGCCCCAAGCCGCCACAGGAGGAAGCUGCACGUGGGAGGCGUGUCUUUUGUCUCUGGGGGCUCUAGUGCCAGGUUCUCUCUACCCAAAGGGACUCUGGCACCUGUGGGGCCAGCUGGCUGGCUGGUUCCCUGAGGUCUCAGCCCUGGGGCCUGGGGUUCCCCGUUCUCUCUAAAGGUGAAAUGGUGACAUCAGCCAGGGCCCUGUGAACAUCUCCCACUGGCUCUUCCUCCUCUUCCCAGGCGCUGAUGACAGAAACGUGCCCUGACAGCUGUGGG